AGCUAUCCAUCAAAGAGGGCCUGCUAUUGCCCUUAAUGUUCUCCAUAGGACAUUCAACAAUAUCACCAGGAAAGAUACCCAACAAAAAGUAAGAGAAAAGCCAUUUCAUUCUUCGAUUUCUUUGCUUCUUUCUUUGAUUUUGGUCAGGUUUCCCAACACUUUGUCUCUUGUUUCAUUAUGAAAGAUGUACAAACUUCAAGCCAAAAGGGUAAAAGCUGCUGCUGGGCAGAUGUGGAAUUCAAAUUUCUCCAAGAUCAGACAAUCUCUUAAAAAUGCUUACCACAAAUGUAAUAAUCAGUACCCGAGUUCAACCACAUGUCCAACUAUGACUUCCCAUGACUGUGAUCAAGAGGACCUUAAUGCUGGUGAAGAAAUGAAUCUUCUAGUAAUGCUCCAAGAUAUUAAAACCACCCAGCUUGAACUCCUCAGCCAGAUGACUGGCAUGAUCUGUGCAUUAUCAAAAAUCCAGGAAAGGACUGACUUCUAUCAGAAGCAGAUGGAAAUACUGGAAACCAAAAUGAAUGUUAAUGAAAAUAAACAGUGUACAACAGCUGAAGAUAUCUUCUCUGUGAAGGAAGACGUUGAUGCUUUAAAGAGGAAGGUGACAGAACUGGGAAACCAGAAUUCUUGCUCCAAUGUACAUUGUUUAGAGGUUCUGGAUGGAGAAAAGGGUAAAGAGAUCAUAGAACUUCUUCACAAAGUCACACAACCAGAAACCUUGAAGAACACACUGACCUCUGUAGAUUCUGAAGUCUCUUCAGCAGAACCAGAGAAAGUGCUCAAUUAUCCUAAGUCCACUGAUCAUCUUGAGGAAAAAGCAAUAUCUCCCCAGAUUAAAGAUCUGAAGAAAAGUAACUAUCAAAAUGCAUUAAGAAGCUUUCAAAAAGCAAAGUCAAAUAUUUAUAUUUACCCAGACUUUAAUACAUGGAUCAAGCUAACUUUUGUCCAUGGAGGAAAGUGGAGAUUUUUCCUCAGUGCAACCAAGUUAGAGGAAUUCAUCCAGUGGCUUCUUUCCAGGCCAACCCUCCCUCCUGAGGAACCACAAGUCAUAACCCAGAAGUAUUGUCUUUUCACUGGGCCUAUCACAAGCUUGACCACCAUCUGUGUCUCUGUUUUCAACUACAUUUAUUGCCUUUUUGGUUCCUCAAAAGAAGAAGUAACUCGACUAUAGAGUAAUUCUCUGCUUUGCUUGGUACAAAAUAAAUGUAAGCUGGCCAUGCCAAGCA